UCCAUAUCCCUUGAAUUUGUUACAGGUGUAAUGCUGCAUGCAUCGCACUUGUUAAAAGUUCAGUCUUGUGUUUCAGCUGUUGACUUAUUUCUCCACAUGUUGGAUGUUUGCUUUUCCAUCACACACACAGAAAAUGACACUGAAAGACUGCCCGGUGUGCCUGUUGGGUUAUGCAAAUGGCACAUGAAGGAAGUGCACGGUGUCACAGACCGGGAGGAGAGGAGGCUGAUGCUGGGAAUGGCAUCAGGAAGAUAUGGAGGCCCCCUGUGUUGCCCUGAAAUGAGGUGCCGUGGGAGGGAGUUCACCAGGCUGGAUUGUCACCUGAACACUGUUCACAAAAUGGCGAAGGACAAAAGGACAGAGGUUUUGAUGAAACAACGGAGGGCCGCCAUUUUCUCAAGACUCAAUCAAAUAAAAAAGAAAAGAAAAGAAGUUGAAGUGAUCCAGCAGUCCCUGAUGUGCACUGGGCAGGGAGUGGACAACUUGCAUAAAGCUGGGAAGAAAAGAGAUGCUUCCAUCGAAAAGGCCUGGCAACCGAUGGUCUGGAGAAAGAGGAGGCAGGUCCUCCUCUGUGUGGUGAAGCUGUCCCUCACAGGACAGCGGCAGCUCAGUGGAGGCAGCAGAGCCUGGGACGUCUCCACUGGCACCAAACCUGAGUGAGGCCUGCAGCAUCUGGUUAGCUGAGGAUUCAUCUCAGGAUGCCAUGGAAGUGCUGUUCACCACUAACCUUGAGUGGGAGGUCGACAGCCUACCAGAUUUCUCCUGGCUAGUGUAAGAUUGUGUCCUCCUUGUAUAUAUGUAUAUAUUUGUUUAUAAUGUUUUACAUUUUAUUUGUAUCUUUGUAUAUAUAUUUUA